AAUAAGCGUUAAUUAUUGAAAGAUUUGAUAAGAUUUAUAUAAAAUGCCUCUAAAUAUUCUUCAUCAUAAAAGUUGGAAUGUCUAUAAUAAGAGUAAUAUUGAGAAAGUUCGGAGAGAUGAAGCCUUAGCUAGAAAGAAAGAAGAAGAAAAGGAAAUGCGUAUGCGUGAGGCUGAUGGGAAAAGACGUUUAAAAAUUCUGAGAGAACGAUCAGGAUUUAGAGAAUCUGAAGUGAUUGAAGACAGGAUAGAACAUUUAAAUGGGAAUUCUUUAGACAACGAUAGAGCUCAUAAUCAGUCUACGAAGGAUUCUGAUGUUCAUUUAUUAAAAAAUGAAAGAAAAAGAAAGAAAAAUGAUAACAUAGCAAUGUUAGAUAAAGAGCUUAAAAGGAGACGUGAACCAUCCCAGAAUAAACAUAUUAAUUUUUGGGAAGAUUUUGAAUCGGGAAAAGUUCAUACGGAUUAUAGUAAUCCUGAAUAUGAGAAAGAAAAGGCAGAUGCUGAUAAAAAAUGGAAUGACAUUAUUACUAUGCAGUUAAGUAAUUCAUCGAAAGAAAUGUCUCCAUGGUAUUCUCAUUUGAGUUUACAAUCAUCAGCACAAAGAAAAAAGGAUCAACAAUCUAUUGAAAGAGAUAUGAGGAUCCAGAAUAGUAUAAAAGAUUUUAACGAUCCUCUUACAGCUAUGCAAUCAUAUCUUAAACAGAAAAAGAAAAUAAAAGAUCUUGAUUUGAACAAAAAAGCAUGUAAUCCUUUAGAUGAAUAUAAUCAUUCCCGUAAAACAUCUUAUGAAGAGUAUACUCGAUCUUCUACAUCAGAUAAAGCGCAUAAAGAUAUAAAUAAAGAUAAAGCAUUAGAAGGAACACGUUUAUCUAGAGAAUUUGAAGAAAAAAGAAAAUUACAAUCAAUGAGUGAUUUUUCUAAUCAAUAUAUUACUGAGUAUAAGAUUGUAGGGAAAUAUAGUUCUCAGUAUAAUCCUGAAUAUGUUAAUAAAUAUGAGUAAUGUAUUGUAUUUUUAUGGUAUAAUUUUGGAAAUUUGCAUUGCACUG